UUGUCCUUGUUUUCGAAGCAGACGCAACGAUGCAUUAUCUUCAUGGUCCUUGUUACUAUUUAUAAUUCUCAGCCACACAUCAACCCAACCCUACCAUGGCAAAUCAAAACGUCAACACCAGCACCAUCACCAGUAGCAUUCAACAAUCCCAAAACAAUCUCCCAAAAAUAUUCAUUCAUGGUCCUCCAGAAUUCUCCUCAAUCCUCAAACCAAAUCCUUCUCACAACUUCCACAUCGUAAACCCUUCUUCCCUCCCCCCUCUCCACCAAUUCAUAGCCACCAAUCCUCACCAAGCUUCCUCCAUCCACGCCAUUGUUUGUACCACUCUCUUCCCCGUCAAUGCUGAUGUUCUCGAUCUUCUCCCAUCCCUCCGUCUCGUAUGCGCGUCAAGCGCCGGAACUAAUCACAUUGAUCUCUCUGAGUGUCAGCGUCGGGGGAUCCAGGUCAGCGGUGCUGGAAAUAUUUUCUCAGAGGAUGUUGCUGAUAUGGCUGUGGCGUUGUUGAUUGACGUGAGUAGGAAAAUUUCUGCGGCGGAUCGGUUCUUGAGACGACAUCUUCAGCAUGCAUCUUGGGAUUUUCCACUUGGUUCUAAGUUAACAGGAAAAAAGAUUGGAAUUGUUGGUAUGGGAAGAAUUGGGUCAGAAGUAGCAAAGAGGCUUGAAGGAUUCAGUUGCAAGAUAUCAUACAACUCUAGGAACAAAAAGCCAUUACUUUCAUACCCUUACUAUUCAACUGUGUUAGAACUUGCAACUAACACCAAUGUACUUAUUCUCUGUUGUGAACUAAAUGACCAAACAAGGCACAUUGUGAACAAACAAGUCAUGUUGGCAUUGGGAAAAGGAGGUAUUAUUGUGAAUGUUGGAAGAGGAUCUCUCAUUGAUGAGAAGGAAUUGUUAAGGUGUUUGAUUGAAGAUGAGAUUGGAGGUGCUGGUUUGGAUGUGUUUGAGAAUGAACCUCAUGUUCCUAAGGAGUUCUUUUUUUUGGAUAAUGUUGUUCUUUCACCACAUGCAGGUGUCUUAACUUCGGAGUCUUUCAAUGGUAUCAGCAAAGUUGUGGAACAAAAUUUGGAAGCUUUCUUUUCAAAUAGGCCUUUGAUUACUCCAGUUAUAUAGUUAAUGAAUUUGUUGCUUUUUCUUGGUGUAAAAGUAGGAACAUGAUAUUGGUUAUGGGGCAUGAUAUGCAAAGUGCUGGUUUUUGAUGGUCUUGUUUGUUGAGAUAACACAUGAACUUGUAAUUUGUGGUUUUUAGAGUAUGGAAAUCAAAUGUUAUUUUGUUGUGUUUUUCUCUUGUGAUGUUCGAUGGUGUUUUGUGCUUAUAU